CUCCGGGCACAGGUGUCCCUCAGGAAGCCAGUUCUGACACCCGGGCUGGGUCAGGUGCUCCUCCUAACUUGGUCUCAAUGUCCUCUGGGCUCUCCCUUUCCGGUCCUGCUCGCUCUGGGUUGUACCUGUUUGGGUAGCAACAUGUCUGACUGUCCCUUUGGACUCUCUAAGCCCUAAAGAAAUCAUCGCUGUCAGUAGCAGUCCCCGCUUGGGAUGCAAGUGGGGAAUGGCUUAGAACGAGUGAGUCAAUGUCAGUGGGCUGAGUCACCCACACUAACCGGAGAGCGUCCUCUGAAAUCUGUCUCUCUGUCUCUCUGUCUCUCUGCCUGUCUCUGUCUCUGUCUGUCCCACUUCCUUUCACCUCCCCCUCCUCCCUCCCGUUUGAUCAUCACUGAGCCGCGUCUGGAGUCUGGGAAGCGCUCAAGAGGGCCUUGGAACAGAACCACUUUAAGUUAAAGACUCCCAGGCCCCAGAUGGACCCUGGGAAGGACGAGGAAAAUCGGCCACAGCCCUCAGGACCACCCACCAGGAAGAAGUUUGUUAUCCCACUGGAGGAAGACGAGGCGCCUUCUUCAGGGGCCAAGCCCUUAUUCAAAUCAUCACGGAACCCCACCCCCACAGCAGCCUCAACCCAUUCCGCCCCUCUGACAUACGCAGAGUACGCCAUCGCCCAGCCUCCAGGAGGGGCUGGGGCCACAGUGCCCACAGGCUCUGAACCUGCGACCGGAGACAGCCCCAGCCAGACUCUGAAAGCAGGAACAAAAUCCAGUAGCAUCAUCGUGAGCCCGCGGCAGAGGGGCAACCCCGUGUUGAAGUUUGUUCGCAGUGUGCCCUGGGAAUUCGGUGAGGUGACUCCUGAUUAUGUGCUGGGCCAGAGCACCUGCGCCCUUUUCCUCAGCCUCCGCUACCACAACCUGCAUCCAGACUACAUCCAUGAACGGCUGCAGAGCCUGGGGAAGAACUUCGCCCUGCGUGUGCUGCUGGUCCAGGUGGAUGUGAAAGAUCCCCAGCAGGCUCUUAAGGAGCUGGCUAAGAUUUGCAUCUUGGCUGACUGCACCCUGGUCCUGGCCUGGAGUGCAGAGGAAGCAGGGCGGUACCUGGAAACCUACAAGGCGUAUGAGCAGAAGCCUGCUGACCUCCUUAUGGAAAAGCUGGAACAGAACUUCCUAUCACGGGCCACUGAGUGUCUGACCACCGUGAAAUCUGUGAACAAGACUGACAGCCAGACCCUCCUCACUACAUUUGGAUCCCUGGAACAGCUCAUCACCGCAUCACGGGAGGAUCUAGCCUUGUGCCCAGGCCUGGGCCCCCAGAAGGCCCGCAGGCUUUUUGAAGUACUACAUGAACCCUUCCUCAAAGUGCCCCGAUGACCCCCUGCCACCGAGGCUCCGUGUCACACAAUAAAGCAUUUCCAUGCCCA